GUUCGACUACGACUCGUUAACUCGAGAUAGAAUUUUACGUCCCGUUCGGUCCCGUUGAAUAUAAAUAAUGUUUGAUUUAUAUCUUAUUACUGAAAGUUAGUCAGUAGCAUUUCGUUAUUUAUACACGAUCGAUCAAUUUAUAAAUUUAUACUCGUUUACACUUCUUAAUAUUCGUGUAAGUACCUUUCGGUCAAGUUGAAUAAUCAAGAAACGAGUGUACUCGUAAUACGAAUGUGUGUAAAAAUCGAUGUUUUUGAGAAUGAACGAAUGAGUAAUCGUGCGGGAAUAAGCGUCUAUUUUUUCACGAUUUUCGCCAAUAAUAAUUCGUGACAUUAUUAAUUGGAAGAAUACAAAGACGACAACCAGUUUUUCUUCCAGUUUGUACUUUCGUUCGUCCAAAGAUUGGUUCAACAGAAAGAACGAAAUAAAAAGUUGGCACUUAAUCGUUUCCGGUUUUUCGCGUAAAAAUGUCGUCGCCGCGAAGUUUAACCACAACGUUCUGGGAUUUAAUAUUGAAGCAAUAACCGUGGUUGAGAAACUGACAACACAUGUUGGUGCGAAAAUCGAGUAAUUGGUUUCCAUGGCGAAAGGAAAAUUUCGGGCCUCCAAUGGCAGCAGCAACAAGAGUCAAAUGCCCGCAAAUGGUGGCUUCAAAGGCGGCGAAUUGUACAGCACGGAAUUUGAAAUCAACGAAACUUUGCCAAGCGCGAGAACUCUACUUACCAAAGGCUAUGUUCAAGAUGAAAUCAAUCAUUUUUCAGGAGCUACGGUCUCAACACGUGGUAGAUUUAUGACCGAGGCUGAGAAAAAACGUUGUCCCAACGAACGUCCGCUCUACCUCUUUGUUCAAGGACAAAACAAACUCAAUAUUGAUUUGGCCAUGCAGAAAAUCAAUGAAAUCAUCAAAACAGAGCACCAAAAUUCACUCAGUAGGCCAAGCAGAUUCACAAAUGCACCUCCGCCGCUUAUGAGUUUACAUUCCGGAGUCCCAUCUGUCGAAAAAAUUUGUAUCGGAAUAGACAACGCGCCUCCAGGGUUUGACCUUCGGGGUCGGAUAAUUGGGAGCGGAGGUGCAAAUCUCUUGUAUAUUCGCGGCGAAACCGGCGCAAAUGUCACUUUGCGAGGACGCGGUUCGCAAUUCAUCGAUCCUGCAUUAGGUACUGAAUCUCCAGAGCCACUUCACUUGUACAUAGAACAUCAAAAAAUGGAGGGCCUCCAAAACGCCAAACAAUUAGGAAUUAAUUUAAUACAAACUAUGCAAUCGGAACUCCAGUCUUUUAUACAACAACAACCACCCCCUGUUCAACAACAGCAAAUUCUUGAAGCGCCGCCUAUACAACAAAUACAACAAGCGCACUUCCAGACGAUGAACAUCGGUGCACUUACUCAAUCCAACGUAGUUACUAUUCAGCAUCAGGAUAUAAUUCAGCAUCCCCAAAGUAGUGUCGUGACUCUACCUGCAACGAUACUAACGGCAACGAUGCCGGGUGCCCCGGGCGCGGGAGUGACCGCACCGCCUCCUGGUGUGCACGUUCCGGCACACGGAGGUCCAAUGGUUCCGCCGAGUCAGAAUCAAGAGCUGCAAACGUUCAUGUCACCGCCGCCGGUCGGUCAGGUCCAGCUAAUCGGGCCACCGCCGACGGUAAGUCAAGUUCAGUACCAAAUCCACUCGGGGCAACCGUUGCACAUCCAAAUGCCGCCUUCGUCGCAUUCCUCGCCUCAGCCGGUUGCGCAGAUGUACGUAAUGAGUCAGCCUCCACCGCCGCCGCCACCUCCGACUUCGGGGCCGCCGUUGCUACCCUCGCCUCAGCAGAAUGCGGGUCCGCCAACGUUUAUUGCGAGUUCGAGCAGCGGGCCUGCUGCCGGCGGAGGAGGUGCCGUUUCCUACGUCUACGCGCAGCCCAACAUGUCACAGCCGACCUCAUCGCCCUCGCAUACUUCGAUAGAAACGGUCAAUGUGAAUCUGCAACAACCGCCGCCGCCACCACCACCGCCGCCGCUGACUCAGCAGCCGCCACCUUCGCUGUUACAUCUCCACUUUCCCCCGCCAAAUUUCCCGCCGAACCAUCCACCACCGCCGAUUCCCCACACCUACCAAAUACAGUAUCAGCAAAUGCAGCCUUCGGGCCCUCCGACUCAAACCCAGUUUGUCCUUCAAUCCGCGGAACACUUGGUCCCUCAGCCCAUCCCUCACAAUCCGGAACAUCAACUCGUACCCCAGCAGGUCGUCCAAUCCCAAUUCGAGGGACAACCUCCCCCCCUCUCGCUUCAGGUCCCGCCCCCAGCGAGCCAAACGUUCCUCAUACCUGCGGCCCAAUCGCCCCAUCACCACCCCCAUCAGCCUCAACAUCAUCUUUCUCCGCAACAACCGCCUCUGCCCUCCGGGGCCGAAGUACCGCCGCCAGGUUUCGAGUGCCCCAUGGAACAGGGACUCCCGCCCCCUCCGCCGCCCCAACCCGUUCCACCUCCCCAAAUGGUCCCACCGCCCAGUCUCAACCAAAUGCCCAGUUCCAUCAACAUCUUGACCAGUGUCCCACCACCCCCGCCGCCCCAGUCCCAACCGAUUGUUCAGAACGCCCCGUGGCUCUAUCAGGCGCCGCCACAACCGUCCGGAUUGUCAGGCUCCCCGCAUCAGCAGCAACACCAGCAACACCAGCAACAACCGCAUCAACAUCAUCCACAGCAACAACAGCAAUCCCGUCCCAUACAGCUUCAGACUCAAAUCCAUUAUCACACUCAGCAGCUGCACUAUCAAAACGGCCAUAUGCAGACCCAACUUCAUUACACCGUUCAACCCCCACCCGGGCAACAAGCGGCUUUCGAACUCCAGAAACCAGACGAGCCGGAGCAGCAGAAAUGCCAGGGUCUCAAAAGACGAUUCGCUGAUGUCGAAGGACCUCAGGAGGCUCCCCCGUAUCAAUGCGGGCCACCUCCUCCGCCUCCGCCUCAACGACAAGGCAAUGGAGAAGGUGCGGAACGACAACAGCGGGCUUCGCAUGGUCCUUCACCGGGAGGUGUGGGCCCGACCCACGGCGAACGAAACAAGCCGCUUUUACCGCCUCCACACCCAGGUGAAAAACGUUGCUUGGAUCGAAGACCCGGUGGACCCGGUACUGGAAACGAAGGAAAUUUCAUGGUCGAGCGUGGCCCAGCACCGCAAAUGCCCCCAGCCCCUUGGCAAGCUCACCACGUGCGAAUGCAUUGGGGAAGGCCUCCCCCGCCUCCACCACCGCCGCCGUCGUCGUCGUCCCACCGGGAGCCUGAGCACCACGUUCUCUAUCCGGCUCCUCCGCCCGCGCCUCCGCCAACGAACAUGCCGCCGCCGCAAAUAAGGCCGGUCAGGGGUCAAUCAGACGCAAAUCGUAACGGGGCAUCGACGCCUGCCCACCGAUCAACGUCAUCUUGUGCCAUAACGUCAGCGACCUUCGACUCGAAUCCUCCUCCCCUCUUUCAAAAAUCAUUGCGACCGAAUCGAGCCCGCGUAUACAUUUGAGUUCCUACCCCCAUAACUUGCCACUCCUUCCCCUCCCCACCGAGACGAAUCAAUCCAUCUCUAAAGCCUCUCGAUCGUUACAAUUAUUUUAUUUUUGUCUCUUAUCCCGUUGCCACGUCUUCGCAAUGUACAUUUUCAAACUUAUUUAUUGUUAGUUAAGACUUUUAGGCUUAGAACCGUGUUACGUUGGACAUGCAGGGAGUACGAAAUCUCGCCAUACUCGAGUGUUUUUUUCUCUCGUUAAGCGUCGAGGAUUCAAUCACGAGCGUAAUUUCAACAUUAUAUUAUACGAGGUGCUCGGAUCCGCGUCUCAAAUAUUUUAGAUAAUCAUGGACCACGAUAUUUUAGUAGAAUAAAAAUGCUCGCAAUUCAUUUAAUACGUAAUUCUUCUCCUCCCAUCCAAUGGGUUUAUCGGUUUUCAAUGAAAACCUCUUAAUCAUGUUCACAACGGGACGUAAUUUGAAGAUAAACGAUGCCAAGAUCAAACUCAGAAUUCAAACUCUCCGGAGGUACUUUUUUUUUUUUGUUUUUUUUUGGAUCGCUAUUCCAAAACUGACACAUUUUUCAAGUUCUCGAUUUCCUCGGGAUACGAUCCUCUUUCGUAGCUUAAAUCAUUCGAGAUGCGGAAAUGGCCACUCUGUAUAAAUGAACAUAGUUAUAACUACAAUGUACAGUCAAGUUGCGCGUUACGUUAUUGUGUACAGACGUAAUAAAAUUGUUGUUGCUAUUUAUAUGAA